AUGGCAGCAAUCGCAGCGUACAGAAACCUUUUGCGGGCAGCCCGGAUAGCAUUCCACGGCGAUGAACCGAUCUUGAAUGCCGCGAAACACCAGAUUCGUACCGGAUUCCGCGAGUACGCUGCUCUCGAGCCCUCGAACCCAGAUGUUGUCGGACACAUCAAGCACGCCGAGGACGUAGCUACGAUACUGAAGCAGAACGUCGUUCAGGGCAAGAAGGAGGGUGACAGAUACAAGCUGCGGAUACAUGAGCACACGGAAAGAGGAGACAACGACACCGUAAAGCUGGCUGGCGGAAAGACGGCCAAGAUUGGUGCUGGAGGAUGCUGCUCUGGUAGCUGA